CUGUAGUGGUUGAUAAAGCGACAGUUGGGAGAGAUCUAGAAGGAGAAAAAGUGAGAAGGUGAGCAAGGAGAAGGAAGAGGAGAGGAUAGAGAAGAGAAGUCAGAGGAGGAGGAGGAGGAGGAGGAGGAGGAGGAGGUGGUUUGUGAUCCAGUAGGAACUGGAUUGCACUGUGCUUCUAAGAAGUGUAUAGGAAGGAAGAAGGGGACGAGGAGGCGGAGGAGGAGAGUGGAGGAAGUCAUGCAGGGGCACUGGGGUUAACUGCGAAAGGUUAUGCAAGGCACAACCAGGGACGGUGCUGAGGAUGAGAAGACUGUCUCCAUCUUGCGUACAUGAGGCACUAUGUUCCAAGGGCGGCACAGAAUGAUAUCGCGGGGGGUAACCAUUGAUUAGCGUGACCCAGAACAAGAUCCAUGAGUGCAGGUCUUGUCCAUCACUGUGCAUUGUGCCUUCUUCCUCCUCUUGUUCCUCUGCUUUCAUGACCUCAACGGCGUCUUCAGGUGCGUUGUGAUCACCAGACGAGCGCUGCAGGCAAGACUGUGAGCCCGUUGGCAGCGCCACAGCACGUCUCAUGAUGCCCAGCAGUAGCUGUUCUGGCUCUGUGAGGGGCGAACAAGCAUGCGGAUCGACCGACCUGAUGUUGCCACAAGCAGGAAUGACACUGUCAGGCUGCAUAUGCCAGGAACAUGCAGGCACUGCCACAUGUCAAUGCCUCGUUGAUAGUUUCCGCGUAGCAGGGGGAAGCACAAUGCUGGCAGAUGCGCCGUGUGCUGAAGUUGAUUGCACUGCCUCCUCACGCAGCGACAAGGAAAGAGAAGCGGGGAAGCGGAACGUGGAGGAAGGUAACGGGAUCGAAAUGGAGGAGGUGGCAGGAGCUGAGCUGCCAUCUGCCUCAUCUUGGAAGAAGCCUCUAGAUCAGAACGUGUUGUCAGCAUUGAAAGGUGACGAGAUCGUGCGGGCACAAAAUUGGAAAGCGGAGCUUGCGGAAAAGGGGAAGGAAGUGGGAAUGACAGACGAGGAGCCUUCUUCUUCAACCUCUUCGGCGAGUCGAGGGGAUGAGAAUGAAACGACAAAUCUUUUGUCGGAAGUCCAGACGAAUGUUCGGUAUAUGUUCUCGGCUACAGACGUAUAUACAUUUGUCUGCAUCACUGUAUGGGUCAGCCUUUGCUGUGCGAUCGUCAGGAGGCGGAUGGCCAUGUGGAUCGUGGGCUUUUCAUUCAUAGCGUUUGAGGUCGCCUCCCUCCUCCUCGGACUGUGUGACAAACAGCGAUCCUUCACUAAUUCUUUAACUGCUGCUGCUGAAAUCACAGUUACCUACACAGUGGCGAGUGAGAGAGGCCAGCAUCACACCCAACCCGCACUUCCCCAGCGCCGUGAUCUGUACCAUAGCACACUUAUUGCCUACAUUCAUUCCUUGAUAGCUUCUAUAGGAGGUAAGGACUUGGCACUGUCAACCCCAUCCUUGGCACUGUGAACCCCAUCUGUCUGUUGCUGUUCGGUUGAAAAGGGAAAUGGGGUCUCUCUGAAAUGCGAAUUAUGAUUUAAGACCAUUACCUGA